GGUGAUGGGUGGAUGAACAAACAGGUGAUGGGGGAGGUGGAGAGUUCAUUUAAACACACCAGGAAUCUUUGAUCGUCAGAUAUUCUAACGUCCCACAGCCCCUGAAGGCACCAUCUCAUAGCCGUUGCUAUGGUAACUGCCUGUCUGUUUAAACAUGGCGUCGACAGACAUCGACCCGUUAUCAGUUCACGGAGCUCCGGAGAGAGGAGGAGCGGAGCAGGAGCAGCAGGAGGAGCAGGAGCAGCAGGAGGAGGAGGAGGAGGCGGCAGGAGGCGGGGCAGAGUGGAGCCGGGAGACCCGGGUUCCAGUGAAGGUGUUAGGGGCUCACAGCGGCGUCGUCACCGCCGCCAGACUGUGCUUCAGUGACCGCUGCGUGCUGAGCUGCUCCGCGGACAGGACCUCCGUCCUCUGGGACGUGGACAGCUGCAGACCUCUGAGGGUGUUUGACGGCGUUCACGCUCGCACCAUCACGGAGUGCGCCCUGAUCCCGAACACCAACAGGAUGGUCACAGUGUCCUGGGAUAAGACGAUGGUGGUCUCUGACGUGGAGACAGGACAGAUUCUGUGGCGGUGGCGUCAGUCCGGUCUGUUGACCUCCUGCGGCUCGUCGUCUGAUGGCCGGCUGCUCGUCUGCGCCUCAGAUCCUCAGAACGCUAUUCAUGUCGUGGACGCCGGCGGUGGACAGACGCUGCAUCACGUCAGCGAUCAUCACCGCUCCACCAUCACACGCUGCCGAUUCGACCCUCACAGCCAGAGAGUGGCCACGGUGUCUGCAGACCGGACCAUCAAACUGUGGGACCUGCUGGCCCGCAAGACCACCGUGUCCAUCGACAGUAACCACGGCAACGUGGUCUCCGACUGCUGCUUCACGACAGCGGGCCUCCUGUGCACGGCAUCAUGGGACAAAAGUGUGUGAAGCUGUGGGAAGUUCAGGCUGGAGGGUUCGAACUCACGGCGGGACGACGCUGCAGCAGGCCAUGAAGGCAGUGUGAGCGCUUGCAGGUUCUCUGCUGAUGCAACUUGACUGGUGUCUGGCUUCUAUGACAGGACUGUUGCACUCUGGGAUUAUGUGGAAGUUUGGUGGUCCUCUGCCUCGAAGGAUCAGACCGUCCGGCUGUGGAACAUCGAGAACAUGGAGGAGAUCCCAGAAGUUCUGGAGGGGAAGAGGACUGAAGGGACGGGAGUCCACGUCCUGAAGUGUGAGCAGUGUGGGAAGCCGUUUCCUGUGUCCAGACUUCAGACCUCAGAUCUGCUGACUCAGUGCGUCUUCUGUCGACUCAAGUCUCCGUCCAGAUACCGGCCGCAGCCUCCGCCGCUCAUGUGACUUCCUGUCCAGGAGGUCAGAGGUUCUGAUGUUAGAUGAUUUGGACCCGAUCCACCCGUCCUGGAUGAACAAUUCAGCUGUGACUGUUCGAGGACGUCACCAUGGAAACACUGAUCAAACACUUUAUUUAAUUAAUAAAUGAAUCAGUUAGUUAACCAG